UCGCAGCGAUCAGUGUCCAGUUCCAAGUGCUCAAAUAACCCAAAGUGAAUCGAUCGAUCGAUCGAUCGAGUGCGUCUCCUGGACCCCAAAAAGCGUUUUUGUCGGCUCGUCUUGGCUCUUUAAUUGCGUCACUAAUGAGCUGCAUUUAUGUUAAUCUCAGCACCCGGGACGUCUAAGCGCUGCACGAUCCAAAGAUCGGGGAUCGAUCCCAUCUCCAUAUCGUUCGGCAUUCGGCACUUCUUUUGCUUUUCCUUUUCUCAUUUUUGGUAGUUUUCACCUGCUGAGCCGUUUAUGGUUAUUGCCGCAAUUCCGUUGUGACAGUCGGAGGCGCUUUAUCAUAAAUUAAAAAAUCGUGUAGUCGCCGAGGGAAGGGACCACGGCCCCCACAAAAAACCAAAAGAAAAAUAAUACUUGGAUCCCCACUGAUGGAUGAUGAUGCCGCUGAUGGCAAUUUCGGGUCUGAGUUAUGGCCGGGCCAAGUCCGGAGAUUUGCAUGAAUGAAACGCACGCGCUGAUAAACGAUCUGAAACUGAAUCUGAAGCUGAAGCUGGAACCAAAGCUGGUCAUCUUUAGCCGCCUGGUGAUCACCGAUCUCGCGAUGACUUAAUUGAAACGCCGCUGGCCGAACCGUAGCAGAAGGUGUUAAUUAGCAUAUGAACAAAUGGACAAAGCCUUUGCUGUAUUUUGGUAGUUUUUUUCUCUCGGUUUCGGUCACUUACCGAGUGCUGCCGUCUGCUUUUUCUCGGUUCAUUAAUAACAAAAAGCAGAGCAAACUUUACCAAUAGAAGAAGAGUGUUCCCCUUCGGUCUCGCAUGGCAUUGGUUUCUGUGUAAACUGUCCAGCUCUUUAGUGGAAAUUGGAGACUGGCGGCAGCAGCAUUAUUAUUAUUAUUGUUAUUAUUAUUGUGCAAAGCUCAGCGAAAGGAAAAUUAAGCCUCGAAUGUAUUGAGACUUUUAGUGCGAAUAGAAUAUGAUGAUAGUGGCCAGCUGCUGGUGGGCUCGUAUUCGUGGAUUUGCAUCGUCAUGUGGAAAAUACAUAACAAGCUCUUAAUCUACAUACUCUGGAUUAUGGAAAUAAGAUUAGUGUCCAGCUUUACAUCCGCCAUGCUCUGCGGCCGGAUUCCGGGCCUGACUCGCCAGCGUCACAUGUGCGGCGAGAUGCCGGAAGCCCUGAUUGCCCUGGGCGAGGGCCACCAGCUGGGCGCCCAGGAGUGCCAGCAGCAAUUCCGUGGCCAUCGCUGGAACUGCUCCAAGGUGUGGCAGGCCAAUGUCUUCGCCCAUGUCAUACCCACAGCUUCGCGUGAGGCAGCCUACACCUAUGCGAUAGCCAGCGCCGGAGCCGCUUAUGCGGUAACUGCCGCCUGUGCCCGUGGCAACAUCUCCACCUGCGGCUGUGAUGUGCGGCACAAGUCUGCGCCAGCUGCUCCAGGUGGAGGAGCACCAGAAGAGCCCUGGAAAUGGGGCGGUUGCUCUGCAGAUGUGGACUUUGGGAUGCGAUAUGCCCGAAGGUUCAUGGAUGCUCGGGAACUAGAGCGAGAUGCUCGCACGCUAAUGAAUCUGCACAACAAUCGGGCAGGGAGAACGCUGGUAAAGAAGAUGCUGCGCACGGACUGCAAGUGCCAUGGCGUCAGUGGGUCCUGUGUGAUGAAAACCUGCUGGAAGAGCCUGCCGCCCUUUCGCCUGAUCGGCGACAAGCUCAUGACAAAGUAUCAAAAAGCCAAAACUGUUCAAGCCGUCAAAGGCAAACGUGGACUGAGAUUAGUAUUAAGCAGAAAGAAGCAUGCCGGUGCGGCUCGUGCCCAGAAACCGGUUCUCGACUGGCCCAAACGCAUGGAGCUGGUGUAUUUGGAGGCAUCGCCCAAUUACUGCGAACGCAGCCUUCAGAUGGGAAGCCAGGGAACUGGCGGUAGGGUUUGCCAACGAAAUGGCCAUGGUCCCGGCAGCUGUGACCUCCUGUGCUGUGGACGUGGUCACAACACACAACACAUCCGGCGGAGCAGGCAGUGUCACUGCCAGUUCCGUUGGUGCUGCGAGGUCAAGUGCGAGGAAUGCGACGAGAGCUACGAGGAGUUCACCUGUAAAUAGACCGAAAUGGGGCCCAGGAUGCCGCUAUUGCUGGGGGCUAUGUCAUAGGAAAUGCGUUACUUAAGUAUUAUGAGAAAUGUAUUACACUCACAAAAACACAAAACAACACCACCAUAA